CUUUCAUGUGUCUCGCGAUAACUGACGAGACUUUCCAAAUCCAACAUGGUGGACGACGUGUCGUUAAAGGGGCAUCUUUCCGCCUAGGAUCCACCGUAAAGGAAGAUGGAGGCUGCAGAUGUCCAGCCUGCAGAACUAGAAGUCCGAGUGAAGUCACUCGAGGAGGAUCUGCGGACGACCCGGGAUGACCUGACGGCAGCCAGGAAGCAGCUCGCCAAGAGCCAGCGACAACUGGAGACUGCCGAGAUGUACAACGAAGAUCUCAGGAAGCAGGUGGACAUGUUGAACCAGGAGCUGCACAGGUACAAGAGGAGACAGGUGGAGGACAGAGCCUGCCAGACAGAGGACAUGCUGGCACCAUGGGCAGUUGAAGCCUCUCAACAACUUCCAAACUCUGAAGGCAAUACAGAAGCAACCAUAAAUGAGGUUGACACCACAGGGCUGUCCCUUGCAGACAGUCUUCGUGCCACAGCGGAAGCCGCGCUCUCCCAGACAGGCACUGUUUACGACGAGACAUCCGGCAUGUACUAUGACUACACCACAGGCAUGUACUAUGAUCCGAAUAACCACCUCCAUUAUGAUCCCAACACCGGUGUCUACUAUUACUACGACGCGCAAAGUCAGUCUUACCAGUUUCACUCCCAAGUGGAACUCCCAGCAUCCCAUGCGGCAGACGUCAGGGAACAAGGUGAAGAGGAGGGGCAGAAGAAGGAAAAGAAACAAAAAGACAAGGAGAAGAAGAAAAGGAAGAAGAGACACAAGGAUGAUUCAGAGGCGGGCGAAAUGGAGGUGGUUUUGAUUGACGAUGAGGACAAAGAGGUAAGAAAACGCCGCGAGAGAAAAAGACACAGGAAGAAAAAGAAACGCAGAAAAGAGAAAGAAGAAGUUGAAGUUGAAGUGAUUGACAUCAGCAUGGGCAGUGAUUCUGAGAAGGAACAGGAGGACAAGUUAAGAACCAAUCAGAAGCAGCCUGAACUACAGAGAACCAAUCAGAGUCAGCCUGAACUACAGAGAACCAAUCAGAGUCCGGCUGCACUAGAAGGAACCAAUCAGAUACAUCUUGCACUAGAAGGAACCAACCAGGAACAGCCUGCAGUACAGGAAACCAAUCAGUGUCAGCCUGCAUUAGAGGGAACCAAUCAGAGUUCAGCUACACUAGAAGGAACCAAUCAGAGUCCAGAUGCAUUAGAAGGAACCAAUCAGAGUUCGGCUACACUAGAUGGAACCAAUCAGAGUCCGGCUACACUCGAGGGAACCAAUCAGAGUCCGGGUGCACUGGAGGAUGGAAUGGACCUGGGGGCUGAGUUAGAGGAGGGAGAAGUAGUAGACAGUGCAGAAGAAGAUUGUGUUAAUGUGGAGGAUCAGCAGUCGGAAGACUCAGACUCCUCAAGUGAAAGUGAGGACUCCUCAGGUGAAAGUGAAGAAAGUGAUGAGUCGGCCCUGCAGUGGCCGCCGUGCAUCCGAGUGAUGGUAGAAGAGUCGGACACGCUGAGACCAGGAAGUCUGUUCAUCAUCACAUGUGACGGCGGCACCAUCGGGAGGGAGAAGGACAUGGGACACGCCAUCCGCAUUCCUGAUCUCAAUAUCAGCAAGAGCCAUGUGGAAGUCAGCUAUGACAGGGGCGCAGCGCAGUACACUGUAACCGACCUCGGCAGCCAGAAUGGAACCUUACUGAAUGGCCAGAGGAUCUCUGAGCCAAAGUGCAGAAGCGCCCCCUGUCCUGUGUCCCAUGGUGCGGUACUGCAGCUGGGCGGCACGGUGCUGAGUUUGCACAUCCACAACGGGACGGACACGUGUGACGGGUGUGAACCUGGACUGGUCAUGGCUGCCAUCGCAGAGAGGGAGAAGCUACGGCAAGCUGCCCCUGUCCUGUCAAAAGAAGACAAGGAGAGGCAGAGGAGAAGAGAACUGAAGCAGAUCAAGAAGAAGUACCAGCUGGAGGCGGCGGCGUUUGUCGUGAGCAAAGAUGCGGGGCUGCCGGGCGGCUACCAGGACCGCGCCGGGGCCAGGAGGCAGACUGUGGGCAGCGACAACCCUUACCAGAAGGACGACGCACCAGCUUCUGUUCACCAGGCCAUAGGCACUAGUAAUAAAGGGAGGAAGAUGCUUGAAAAGAUGGGCUGGAAGGAGGGGAAAGGUUUAGGCAAGACCAGCCAGGGCAGGCAGGAACCAGUACAGGUGUCUCUCCGUGAGUCCCAGUCAGGCCUAGGCGCGUCGGCACCCAGAGAUGUGGAAAGUGUUGGACUGAAGACUGGGAAGGGAAAAAACUGGAGAAAAGCAAGAGAACGCUUCUAUGCCAUGGAACAGGCCGGACAGCCGCCAGGUCCGAGUAGGACGAUGAACCAGAGAAGUUCCUGGGUUAAGGGUGAAACUUUGAGUGAGCCAAACGUGGACUCAGAACCAACCACACAUGUACAGGGGGACAAACAACAAGGAGCGCUGGACAAGGAUGUCAUUAAACAACAACGACAAACUAAGGAUGUCACCAAACAACAGCGACCACUGGACAAGGAUGUCAAAAUUUUUGAUGACUAAUUUAAGACGCAAUUAAUUUUUUUUCUAUAUCAAAUUGGAGCAAAUCUUAAUAAAAUUGACUUUAAUUUAUCCAGUCUACAUGUACUGCCACCAUGCGUCAGUAUGAUACUUGUGUAAGAUUGAAUAUCCAGCACCAUCAACACUAAAGUGACCG